AUGGAUGUUCCACCGAUCCUACGACUUCCAACAGAGAUUCUAACUUGCAUUUUCGAAAACGUGGCCUCCAGCUACUACGAGACUUGCAGGGUCCUGCGGAAGUUUACGUUAGUCUGUCGUCGCCUGGCGCAGAUCGUACUUCCUCUGUUAUAUCGUGACGUGUUGGUCAGGGUGGCGGCCGGCAGAGCCCUAGAAACUCUGUUCGCCGUGCUACAAAAGCGGCCGCUAUACCGUGAAAAUGUUAGAGAACUUGUGAUUCAGAUGGACGAUUACAUCGAUAUCCACAGACGCAACUUCUAUAUUACGUGCGAUAUCAUCACCUGUGUCACCAAUGUCAGAGCCUUGACCUUUUGUGGGGGCUGGGAGCGUUACCCAGACCAAACAUGGGGCCUGGUUCACCGGGCAUCUCGGAGCAUGCCAGCACUGGAGAGUUUGUCUCUAAGCCGUAUGGGGACAGGCCUUACCGUGCGGGACAUACUUGACACUCUGCAGAUGCCCAGUCUGCGCCAACUGAAGCUUGAUGGAAUUGCAUUUCAGACUGGGGGGCGCACUGCGAGUGCAGAACGAAGGGCGAACAGGCCCUCCUGCCUACCGAAUAUCACGAAGGGCACUGCUCAGUUCUCCACCCUCCAUAUUCAGGACUACCAAGAUACGUCCGCGGCCACCCAAGAGCUGAUUCUCUGGCCUAAGGCCUUGAUCCAUUUCCACGCCGUGCUCUUGCGAGGAAGCAGUCCGGAAUUCGAGAUUGAUCUCUCGAUGCUUAGCACAUGGCUCUUUGCCCACAAGGACACUCUGCAAACCAUCCACAUCGGAUACAUUGACAAUCUGCAUCCAGGCAAGCUCUUCCAGACCAGGGGGUUUGUCGCCUUGGAGCGCCUGACGCUGCCUUGGUGGCAGGUCCAAGGAUACGUUAGGUGGCAGCAGGAGGACGAAGGAGACCUGCCAUUCGUCUUCAUGCCCGCCCACGCGGACGCCCUUCUUUGCGCGCCCCGUCUCACGACCCUCGAACUGGGUUAUGGCCUGAGUCCCUACGGUGUGGAUUCCUGUGACACGUUCGGGGAGGUCGAGGCCCGCUGGAUCCGAGAAUUGGCCCACGCGGCACAGGCCAGACAGGCCGCUCUCCGGAUGAUCCGCGUCGGAUACAUGCCGGAGCCGUGUUGUCUCGAAGAGGUUCUGGAGUAUCCGUGGGAUCGUCUAAUCCAACUCCGGGAGGAUCUCCGACCGUUGGGAAUCAGAUUGGAGUGGGAUGAGCCGUCGUUCUCGGAGGAGGAGUGGAUUCAGGCGCGUAUGCAGGCCUCCCCGCCGUGGGGGGCGAUGCGUGGGAGUGAAAGUCCUCCGCUGGAUGAUGGGAUGUUGUUUGAUUGCGGGCUGUCGAAGGACGGUGAGCCCAGUGUGGAGGAACAGGAGGCCUGGGAGUACGCUCACAAGGCAAUCAGAUAG